CUUUUCAGUAGUACGGAACUUAACUACAUCCUUCAUGGCGGCGGUCGUAUAUUGCACCUACUUCAGAAAUGAGUGGAUUUCAGUGUACUUCCCUUAGCCAGUGACAUCAUCGCGAUGGAGGGACAAAGCGGGAGUAGCAUAGCUGCAAGUUCUUCAAACCGAUAGAAGUCUGAAGACACUUAUAACGGCUGGAGGAUAGACUCAGGCGAGGAUGGGUGCACCGAUAUAAUAAGCAGCACUAGUAAAGAUUAGUUUUUUAUCAUUUCUAUUUCUGUUUCACGAUGAAUGCUACGUCCUGAAUGAUAAGAUCCGCGGAUUUAAAACACACUGGAUGGAAGAAGAGAAGGCGGCGAAGUGAAGAGACACGACACCGUAGUUUUUGUCUCGUCUUUAUGUCUUUCCAAAAGCUGGACUUCUUGAAUAAAAGCAAAUACAGAUAGGACUUCAGAAACGGGAUUCUUUCGAGGGAAAUCGGUAAAGCUCAUAAUGAAGAAGAACAAUUCAGCAAAGCGGGGCUUGCAGGACUUCAACCAGCAGCCUGCUCAACCAGACAAAAUUGGGUGGAUUCGCAAGUACUGUGGCAAGGGCCUCUUCAGGGACAUAUGGAAAAGCCGAUACAUUGUGCUAAAAGGAGAAAAACUCUUCAUCUCAGAAAAAGAGGUUAGUUUAGUAAUGGUGAAGGAUGAGAAGAAAAUCCAUGAGGUGGUUGACCUAACAGACUAUGAGAAGUCUGAGGAGCUUCGCAAGGCCAAGAGUCGGACCAAGAAAAACCACAGCAAGUUCACCCUCCUGUGCUCGCAGCAGCCAGGCAACACUGUUCCAAAUCUGGUAUUCCUGGCUGUCAGUCCAGAAGAGAAGGAGUCAUGGAUUAAUGCCUUAAAUAUAGCCAUCACAAGGGCCAAGAACCGCAUCCUGGAUGAGGUUACUGUGGAAGAGGUAAGCUGUCUGGCCCAUCCCACACGGGACAGAGCUAAGAUCCCCCACACUCGACGACUACCUACCCGUGGGCAUCUUUUGGCUGUGGCCUCAACCUGCACAUCAGAUGGCAUGCUGACACUUGACCUUAUUCAGGAGGAAGACGCACUAGCAUCUGAUGAACAGGAGACCUGUGAAAAGAACUUUCUGUGUAAGCAAGACAAAUCUGUGAGUCCUCUCACCUUGAGCCCUGGGGCAGAAAACUGCAAGUUUUCCCACGGUGCUGAGGCUUCAGGGAAGUCCCAGAGCUUGCCGCGAAAGAGCGAGAGCUCCUGGGACUGUGCAGACAUCCAAGGCAGAGUGGCUACAAAGAAGCUCAUAGUGACCGAGAAGUGCCGAUGCGUCUCCAUGGAUGAGAUUCUGUCGCACUCAGAGGUACAGGCCACCAGGGCUGUCAUCCUGCAUAGUCCAUUACCAGCUUCCGCACAGUCAGUUGAACGGCUACAGUACCUGAUCACACAAAAGCUGGAGAGGACACAUGAGCUGCUGAGUGAGGUGCGUGCUCAGGGCUGUGUGGGAAACUGCAGCCUUGCCAAAAACCAGAGUGUGGAGGAGCAGCGGGUGGAGGCUGAGCGGCUGCUGGAGGAGGCCUCCUCGGUGUGGGGGCACGCCCGUGACGUGCUAGGGGAAGUGAAGGAGCUGCGGGCACUGUGCAGGCAGCUGGACUCAGCCUGCUCUACUGGGCUUGCCUCCUCCAUUAGCAACAAACUGAAGAACCCACAGCACACAAGUUACAGGAAGAGCAUGAUGUGAAGCAUGGACAAGGCUGAGGCUUUAGUCAAAGCCUAUUAUGAGAUAAGUUAUUAAUUUAACCAAUACAGUGAUCAGUUUUAAUUUUAAUUGAAAUGCUCCAUUGUCAUAUAAUAUGCCACAGUGAUCUUUGUGUUACACGCAUUUGGGUAAACUCACCAGAGAUCAUUGUGAGAUUUAAGUUACACAAGUCAGUUAUUUUAAAUUGUACAAGUGGACUUUGUUCCUCGAUUACUAGGGCUGAGGGCAUAUAUAAAGUUGAUUGUCACGUGCAAAACCCAAAACAUCAGUGAUGUGCAAGGACUUUGCUGUAAUCUAGGCAUUGUUGUGUGUUCCUGAAACUGCAUGUGCUCAUCAUUCUAACAUGCUAUUUGCUUUAGUAAACCUGGAUCUGGUUUGCUGCUCUUUCUUUGGUGGUUGGGGUUUGCUACCAAGAGUCAGAGAGAAAUAUCCAACUGGGCUCCACUUAGACUGGUUUUAAUCAUAGCAGUUAACUAGGGUGUAUAUAACAGCAGAACUAAUUGAAGUGCCAGCUGUAACUGCUGUGCUGGAGCACUUCAUGAUGUGAACCCAUAUGAAAGACAGCAAGGUAUGCCAGACAGCGGACAUAAUGGGAAAACCACAGUCACCAUCAGCCUGUUACAAUGCGAAUGGUUUCCCUCUUUUGCUUAUACACUGGAACAGUUAUGGUUCAACGAUGCUGCAUGCUCUCUGAACUCUGUUUUUUUUAUACAGACACACAUAUGCACACACACGUACACACAGGAAUGGUUGACAUCAUUAUGUAAUGUACACAGGAUAAGCGAGCUGCAGGCAGCAAUGUCAGCUGGCCUAGAGAAGAGGCUCAUUGUGGAACAGGUGGAGAGAAAAGCCAAUUUGGAAGUUAUGUCAUUUUCUGCUUGAUGUCUUUCUAUGUUCUCUGCACGCUUUCUGCAGAUGUAUCCCCAAAAGCCAUGCGUACUCAUGUUAUUAUGAAUACUGACAAUCUGGUGCCAGUGUGUUGCUCUUGGUUUGGAAGGAGGAAGCAACAGAGCUGCCGUUAGAACUAACACUCGAUGCAGUGAGAAGACUAGGGAUGUCUAUCUUAUAGGAGAUUUGCACUAUAGAACACUGUAAAAUAAGAGUGGUACUGGCAAGCUAUCUUUUAAAGUGUAAGGAACUGAACAGACAAUCCAACACAAACAGCAGCUAAGAAAACAGACAAAGCCAGUCCCUAAGUGGCAUUUCCUAAAAGGCUGGUACGUAGGAAAAAUAAAACUCAAAAACUGCCUUAGUGAACGUUCAGAUGGCACAUACGAUCAGUGUGUCAGUUUAAAGAAUACCGCUCAUGUUUGUCAUAAUCAAAAUCCAACAUCCAGGAUGCCUGCAACAAAAGCAAAGGUGAAUGAAGCAGUGGCACAGGGGCCUUUAAGUCAGACCUGAUCAGCUUGUGCAAAUCUUUGCUGAACUUUGGAAAACUAUGCAAUGUUGCAUAUUGGCCUGAAAUGUAACAGGCAUCAGGAAUUACUGGAAGUGUACAGAAUGGUACUGUACCAGACCAAAGGGUAUGUGUUGCCAGUAUCUAACACCUUGUUUUACAGUUGCUAGCUAAAUGAAGUUUGCACAAAACUGGGUACAAUUUAUUUUGUUCUGUCACUGAGACUUGAUUACAACCAGUGUUAUUUUUUGUACAUUUUACUGUAAAUUGCUUUUUGUAGAGUGAGUAAAGGUAUUCUAGAAUUACUGCUAUUUCCCAAAAUGAUUUACUUUUACUAUGCUUAUCUGAAAAAAAAAAGUUCAGUAUCAUUGUCUGACUCUGGGGUCUCAUGGUAUCAUGUUGAAACCUUGUUAGCAUUUGAAAAUUUAACAAAGCACAAUACAUUUCUGUCCUGGGCAUUUUGGCAGUCUGUGUAAUAGAUAUUCUGUUGACCCACUCAUGAUUCAAGUGCUACCUAACAUUCCUAGACUAAUCAGAGUUUCCUACUAAAUGCAAUGUUAUUGCUAUGAAGAUACUGACAGUUUCUGUAUUUCACAGUUUGACCAGCAAAUGUGCUUUAUUAUGCAUAUGACUGUAACAAAUGAAAGUGAACAUAUUUACUAAAUCAGCUGUUAACUAAUGACAUCCAUUAUCCAAAGUGCCCAGAAACUAUUAGCACCACAGAAAAGUACAUCAGCUCAAUCCUGACAUUGAUCUUUGAUGUUAUGCUAUAGACAAGGCACUGGUUACAGCCAAAUUACUUCUGUACCUACAUAGUCAUGCAUUAAUACAUCACAUCUUUGCUUUUUUAAUGAGAACAAAAAUAUUGUGAAUGCAUAGAACUUAAGAAUUCCUGUAAGCCAUAAUGGAGUUAGAAAUUUUUUUUCUGGACUUCUUGAAUUUUAUUAAAUUAAUUAAUGUAAAUUAGAGGUUAUGUAAUUGGACUCCAGACUGAAUCAUGAGAUGUGCUCCUAGGAGACAUUGUAGACUUUUUCAACUUCCGCUUUUGCCCAGUCUGUUAAAUGUUAAAUGUACUAGGACAAAUGUACUAGGACAAAUCUGAAGAGGUUCCAAAGUGUAGAUUAAUUGCUCUAAAAUAUGUAGGGAAUUAAGCAGGAUAGAGUGACUGGAAUGUUAAUGAUCAUUAGACCCUGAUCGAUUGGGCUCUGAUUCAUGGAUGACAUCACCACCAUUGUGAUGCAGAAUGGUCAGACUGCUGGAAAUACCUUUUUAUUGCAUACACCUUAAUUGCAUAGGUUUACCUGAUUAGGCUACCUGGAGGUAGGGAACAAUUUGUGAAAUUCAUUCCUCCCCUCAACUCUCAUUAGCUCAUUAGUCUGAAUGUAUUACAGCAAAGCUGGAUAGAGUUACUUGUGAAUAUAUAAAUGUAGCUGUUGCACUUAGGUUUUUAUGCUCAGGACUGGUACAUCUCUGAUAUACUUGAGACACAUUUGUGCAAUUAAAAUAUUCUAACUCCAUAACUCCAUUCAAUGUUUAUUGAGUGAAUGUGUAUUACAUUUUGACAGCAAUAGUAACAUAAUUCUUUAGCUAUGCCAAAGACAUUCAGCAGACCAAUGCUCCGAAGCCGAUUUCAAUCAAUUACAAUAAUUUAUUAAGGAAGGUAGGUACACAAAUAGUUUGUUCUUUUUUUUUUAGUAGUCUUUCUGUUCAUAUACUGUUGUCUUGAUCAGUAACAAGACAGAAAAUGCAAAAUAUGGCCAAAAAAACCCAUUUAGUUCUGUGUGAAUAUAUCACCACCAGAAUAUAAAAUUAAUUUAUUUUACUCAUGUGGCUCUAAAACGUGCUGAAUACCCUUACAUUGAGGGCUUUUUUUCUUUAAAUGCUCAAGAACCAUAUAAUUUUGCUGUAUAUAAAAUAUAUUGGGUUUUACUUUGUAGUAAACAGCCUGUAGCUAUCCCCCUAAACAACCAAAGCAAAAAAAACAACAACAAAAAACAUUACCUACCAUUAGAUUUCAAGACACAAGACUUUAAAUUCCAGUGUACAUAGAAAAGAUUUUAUUUGAUGAAGGCAUUUGUUGUUACUAAAACCUUACAUUUCUUAACUGAUCUGAAUAUUCAUUUGAAAUAAAAGUUUUAAAGUCCUAAUGACAUGUAACAAUGUACCUAUUUUAUGAUUUUAUUAAACUGCUGUAGUGGGUACAGGUAAUCCACUUAAACAUCACUGAAAAAUAUGUUCAUUCAAUUCCAGACAGUGUUAAUAAGAAAAUAAUUUAAACAAAUCAACACCACUCAGUAGUGUACAGGUGUAAAGAUGCAGUGAAUGUUGUUAAUCUAGUAGAGAAUGGUGCAAUGGUAUGAAUUCUAAGUAAAUGUUACAUACAUACAUAGCAUAACAGAACCAGCAGCUAAUGAGAUUUGUGCAAGUUGUGAGCAGGAGCCAACUGACUGGUGACAUUGCACUAUCUGAGGCAGGAGUACGUCAGCAACACACUCAAGGGGUGGGAGGCUGUAAGUGUAAGUGUACUGGUGCCGGAGCUCUGGCACCAGACUGCUUCUGCUUCUAAUGAUUAUCAAUUCUCAGUCUGAAAACAUUUCAACUUUGUGACUAAUAGGGGAGUUAAAUUGUACUUAAAACAACAGUUAACCUACCGCACUUUCUAGAAUAUUUUGCACUUUGAAUAAACCUGACCAAAAAUUAUAAUACAUUACUUAAUAACACUACUAUUCAUCAAAUAUGUUAUUGAAGGUUUUUGGUCCUUAUUUUUGAAUUUAUUUUUCGCCCAUCUCCCCUAUAAAUUAUCUUGAAUAAAUAAACAUUUAGAUUUUUGCAAUAAUCCUGGUGUAAGUACCAGUUGAUAAGUAAUAAAGAUAUUUUAUCAUAGCUGGAUUAUUUUACAUUUAACCAUGGUGGCAAUAAUUCUGGCAGAUGCUGUAAAAUGUGUCACACUACAACACACAAACACAUUAGGGGUAGCAUAGCCAAGAAUGACUGUAGAACUAUGAAAAAUCUUUGAGGAAGUUUGUGCAUUAAAAACAAGUAUCUUGGUUGAGCUCAUUUUUUAAUGCAGAAGUAGAAUUGUCUUUUACACAUAGCAAAGCACAGCCAUUUUUACUGCCCACUUAUCACUUUAAAGGAAUAUCAAAUAAUCCAUUUUAGGGUGAUGAUUUUUUUUAAAGCAUUCUACUGGCCACUUGGAUGAACGAGCUAUCCAUAAGUGUAUAAAAUAUGAAAUAACCAGACAAUGCCUUCUGGGAUUAUUUGACUAGUGAAUAAUUGGGAAUGACUGCUGAGGUAGUAGCAAACUGUAAUUAAUCUUUUGGACUCUAGCAAAGCUGUUCAUUACAUCCCAUGUAUGCUCUCAUAGGUUGUGACCAGGGCACUGGUGAAAGGUUCAAAUAACUGUGACUUAAAAGAGUACACAGACAAAUAUCAUCCUGCAUAAUUCAGCACUUUUAUGCACAAGUGCCUAACAUUUCUAAAGCUAAUAUUAUGCCAGGAGCAUAAUAAUGAAUAGAACUGUACACAUAUGCUUUUACGAUGUAUUAUAUAUUAUUAGAAUUUAUGUCAAUUCAAGUGAAAAACUAUUUAUUUUGAAAGGGGAAAAUCAUUGUACAAUUGUGAUAAUGCUUUUUCUAGACUGUUGUCUUUCAUAACUAUCACUUGACCAACAAAGUUUUUAUUUUUGUUUGUCAUAAAUGAACAGUCAAAGCGCUGUCUGUGCUUUGUUUGCUGUGUCUGAUAUUUGAGCACCAGGUGUCCUCUGGAAGGGCUGAAGGUCAGUGCAGGGCCACAGGCAUUUAUGAGAUCAGCCAUUAAAUCAGAAAAUAUUGCAUUUUCCAUUCCAAAGCUUGCUUUUUGGAUGGGUAUAUGGACUGCAUGAAUUCAGACAGUUAUGGCCCAGACAAGUCAGCCACCCUUUAUCUCUGCUUGAAGAAUCAUAAGCUCUAGAGCUAUAUAUCUGCAGUAUUGCUAGAGUUCUACAUAAUGCAGUGUAACAGUCUGCUUAACGAAAGUCAGACAGACGUAGGUGUAGCCUCAUUUUAUCAUCUCUAGCACCACCUGCUCACAAAUCUAAUCGCUACAUAUUACAGGAGGCAACUGCCCUUUCAUGUUUUAUCGAUUUGACCAAUAGGGGCUGGUAGUUUUACACAGCAUACUUUAUAAACCGUCUUAUGCAGAACGUUUAGGCGAGAAUUGCUCCUCUUUUAUUAAUACAACAAAGGACAUUUUUAAGCCAACAAUGUAUGUACAACUGUGAAUUACAAUGAAUUACAAAGUCAAACAAUGUGGACGUAAGUAAGCAAUAGAUGGCAAGAUUUUUUGGAAAGCGCUGAAACCUCCAUCUAACACAUUUUGAAGACGUCACGUUCACCAGUUUAAUAAGCAGUCACUAGGAGGUAGGAAGUAGGAAUGGCGAUGGCAGAUCUUACGAGGGAUGUAGACAGUUCCUCACAUGCAGGUGCUUAAAUGUAAUUUAAAAAUAAAACAACAACAACAACAACAACGAGGGUGAGGGUAGGGCAUUUACAGUGUCAGGCUGUCCCUGAAAUAAUGUCUCUGGCAUAAUUUUCCUAGAUGGUGCUAUGUCCAGUGCUGGGACGGCUGUAUCUACGAAAAACAAAUCUCGUGUUAACAUUAAAAAAAACCAUCCCGUGUUCAGGAUCCACACAGCUAUUAGCACUCAAAUUACGUGUUAACUGAAGCAAAGAAAGGCAUGAAUUGUGCCAGAAGAAACUUACAAAUGCACCUCUGAUUCCAGUCACGUUGCAGGGCGACGUGAAAGACCUCAAAUGCACCCAGGUUAGGAACGCACUGCGCACAUUUUAAAUAAAUGCACGCUAUUUAGGGAACGUUGUUAAGGUGUAAUGUAAUCCUCCUAGUAAUAACCAUAUUUAAAAAAAAAUUAGCAGUAGUGUAGGUUAUUUUUCUGCAACUGUAUCCUGAUUGUAUCCUGAUUACGUAACGCCAUUACAUCUUAGGUUUAUUCCGUUGCUGCUCAACCCUGGCAAUAUCAUACCCAGCCUCAGUUAAUAAGCCAGCACCAUAUAAUCUUGCAGAAACAAAUAUGCACAUAACCAAUAGCUAAAAAAGCACCAAACUAUUAUCUAAUUCUUCUGAUUAUUAUUAUUAUUAUUAUUAUUAUUAUUAUUAUUAACAUCAUACAUCUAAAGCUGCCAAAAUGUCAUCUGUUUUGAAUCUUCUAGACCUUUUGGCAGCCUUUGACACAGUAAACCACAACAUUCUUCUCUCUGUUCUCCCCAGGCUUGCUGUGACUGGCUGUGCAUGGAAAUGGUUUCAGUCCUCUCAGGAAGGACGGUCCUGUCAGGUGAAAUGGAGAGGAUGCACAUCCAAACCAUAUAGACUCUCCACUGGUGUUCCACAGGGCUCAGUAUUGGGCCCCAUUCUCUUGUCUUUGUAUACUCAUUAUCUUC